UUCAGUGUCUGUGUGUUCUCUCUUCCCAGGCUGGCUAACAGGAUCGGGGAGCCAUGAACUGGGGGUCGUUUGAGGGGCUGCUCCGUGCCGUCAAUGUGUACUCCACAGCCUUCGGCCGCAUCUGGCUGUCCCUCGUCUUCAUCUUCCGCCUGCUGGUCUACGUGGUGGCGGCCGAGAAGGUCUGGAGCGAUGACCACAAGGACUUCGAUUGCAACACGCUGCAGCCGGGCUGCACCAACGUCUGCUUCGACCACUUCUUCCCCGUCUCCCACAUCCGCCUCUGGGCCCUGCAGCUCAUCCUGGUGACGUGUCCGUCCCUCCUGGUCCUCAUGCACGUGGCCUACAGGGAGGCCAAGGAGGAGAGGCUCCGUGAGAUCAAAGGGGACAACUAUCGCCGCAUCUACCCCAACCCCGGCAAGAAGCGGGGCGGGCUCUGGUGGACGUACCUGCUCAGCCUCAUCUUCAAGGCCAGCGUGGACGUGGUCUUCCUCUACAUCUUCUUCCGCUUCUACAGGAACUACACCCUGCCCCGGGUGGUGAAGUGCGAGCUGCCGCCCUGCCCCAACGUGGUGGACUGCUUCAUCUCCCGGCCCACCGAGAAAAACAUCUUCACCCUCUUCAUGGUGGUCACCACCUGCAUCUGCGUGGUGCUGAACGUCAUCGAGGCCACCUACCUGGUCGGGAAGCGGUGCCACGAGUGCCUGGAGGCCGGAGGAGGGGACAGCCGGCGGCACAGCCACGACUGCCCCGUGUCCUGCGCCGACCCCGUGGGCACGGGCAGGCAGGUGUUCCAUGGGGCUGACUACAAACCCCCCACGGCCACCAUCCCUCUCACAGCCUCCUGCCCCACCACGCUGUCCGAGGAUGAGGCGCAGUCCUAGAGCUGCCCAGCUGGCCUGCGACUCCCUGGCUGCUCUUCCUCCUCUGUGCUCCAGUGCAGGAGUGCUGAGGGCGGCAGCACCCUGGAGUUGGGCUGUGCCUGAGGGGUCUCUGCCUCUCCUGUCCUGGGAAAGGCACUUUACAUCGACCUGCUGAAUUUGGGGGGAAGCAGGGGCUGUAGAACACGUGCUGGCCCUGGCUGUGAUAGGAGCAGCAGCUCCAUGGCAGCAGUGAACUGACAGUGGUGCCCAGACUCUGAGCCUGUACCAGCCAGGACAGACACCCUGAUCCCCCAGGAAACCCAUCUCCCUAUCUCUCACCCUUCAUCAGCCACUCUGUGGGUGUCAGGGUCACCUCAAACUGAUGCAAUUGUCAUUAAUAACACUUAUUAGUUGAGUGGGGACAAGAGCAGGUCCUUGGUGCUGCAACCACCGUGGUGAAGCGCAGGCGUGAGGAUCCGGCCAGGCAGGCAGAGCCCGUGUGAGCUGCUGGAUCAUCCUGCCUGGCCAGGGCAAAACACCUGAGCAAAACAGCCAAACACAGGAGAGGAAAAACACCCCAAGCAUUUAUUAAAUAAUAACAUUA